AUGGAGGAACGUGAGAGAGAGCGGGAGCAGGAAGGGGAUCGAGAUCUAGAGGGCCAGUGGGAGAGGGUUUCCUCCAGGAAAUCUCGGCACUCAAUUUAUCUCUUCUGCCUCUUUGCGGUAAACCUUACUUUUGAUACCACAGAAGAAGAUCUGCUCCGAAUUUUCGGCCGAUUUGGGAAAAUUCGGGAAGUUUACAUUCCAUGGAAUCGAGUCCUUAAUCAAUCUCGUGGAUUCACAUUCAUUCAAUUCUGUUAUGAGCAGGAUGCUCUCAAUGCAAUCCAUUGUCUUCAUGAGAGAAGGAUUGAUGGGAGGGUGGCUCAUGUUGCUUGGGCGAAAGGACAGUCUGGAACUAGGGCAGAAACGCCAGGUACUGCUUUUCCUCAUCAUCAGCAGAAAAAGCCAGAUUCGGAUCAUCAUUUCAUGAACGUAGUUUCCUGA